CAUUUAAUUCCUUAAAGUGAGAUCAUGCUUCGUUUAUACUCGUUCUUCUCAUAAUUUUGUAUUGUAUUCGAUAAGGAAAUUAUAUGAAACAGUCUUGAUAAUAUUUUGAAGUUCAUCUAAACAUGGAAGGGUUCGUUGACAUGAGCAAAUUGUAAUUGUUGCUUCGUCUAUUGUUAUCAAGGAAAAAAUUGAAUUAUAACAAAUUAUUCAGAAUAUAUUUAUAAAUUAAUUGAAACUCGUUCUACAUAUAAUUAAAUAGGAUAAAAGUAUCUUUCCACGAAACUUGGAGCUGCUGUUAUCCUAAUCAGCAAACAUAACCUAUACACAGAUCAUUUAAAGAGAGAAAAUGCCUUUAAAAAAAGACUUGCGACUUCUGUUGAAGCCCUAUUAUUUUAUAAACAUUUUACUCAGUCUCUCAUAUAUUGUCUCCAAACGUGUUCCAUUUGUAUGUAACUAUGUAUUUGCACAAGCUGAGUGCGAACUUGAUGGGAGAGAGACAGAGAUUCUGUUUUUUCUUAUGAUAGUCAUAAUGAUAAGAACAAGGAAGACUGGAAGUGUAACUAUGAUAAGCUACUUAUCAUCCAGCUUUGUAUAUACUAAAGUUGCCAAUCUGAUUCUUUGGUUUUACGCAGAUAUACGUAUGGGAAUAAUAUUUGCUAUUGUAUUCAUCUUAUGCGGUCUAGUAUUUCCUGAACCAACAUACCAAGGUCCAGAGAAAGUAACGUAUUUACGAGGUGCAAACGGAUUGCAGGAGGAAUUGCACCGUGACACGAGAAUCGUUUGGUUAGUUGCGUUUUACACAGCAUGGAACCCAGCUUGCGUCAACUUUGCACCUAUAUUCUCCGAGCUUUCGGCAGAAUACGCUUUGGAAAAUUUGAAAUUCGGAAAAGUAGAUAUAGGGAGGUAUCCAGAUGCUGCAGUGAAGUACCACAUAAGCGAUGCUAGCACUAGCAAACAGCUUCCCACCUUAAUUUUAUUUAAGGAAGGGAAAGAAGUACAAAGACGUCCAUACGCAGAUCAUAAGGGCAAACUAGUUAAAUUUCUUUUUUCAUUGUUGCUUUUUUAGGAUAAUAUAAAGGCAGCUUUCGAUCUGAACAAUGUGUACAGAGAUUGCAAAAAAAAUCCGAUUAAAAGAAGAGAGAAGAAAGCAGUAAAAGCAGAAUGACCUAAUUAACAUUUCCAAACUUUGUUGAAUUACUGAUGUCAUAGCACUGCCAACGAUUUCAAAUGAAAAUUACUUCUACUGUGUAGAAUAAUGGACGUUUAGUAUCACGCGCAAAUUUUCAUUUAUAGCAAAACUGCAAAAGAUUUGUAAAUAUUCAUUAUACUUUCUAUCAUUGUAUGCAUUUUAUGCACCACUGUGUUCUAUUAGUGGAUAUCGGAUAUUAAUGUAGAUUUAAGAUAGUAAUUUAUUAAAAGCGAGUAGUUGUUAUUACAAUCAUUGAAAUGGAAUGAUACAUAAAGUGCCACGUGUAUGAAUUCAUGAAAAACCAAAACAGAGCUUCUAGUUGAUCUAGUUAAUCUAGUUAAUCUAGAUCGUAUGCGACAUUGCAGUUUCAUUGAAUAAACUGUUGUUGAAAUAUA